ACAGGUGGGACAUAUAUAAAUGUACCAAACUAUUUACAUUGUUUGGUUUCAUUCCUUACUUAGCUUUCAUUUGUUUCUCUUCAAACUCGUACCUCAAUGAAGAUCACUCCACAUUUAAUUUUAAAUUUUCCUCUAUUCUUCUUCUUAUCUUCUUCUUGUUUUUGAUACAUCCAAAUCCAAUCAUUUACUACAGUGGAAUUUGUUGCCUGUAAAUUUGGCCUUCAUUUCUUCAGGUUUCUUUCCUCUGGUUUAAAAUGAGUAAUGCAAAAAUGAUAUCAUUGUACAUUGCAAUAAGUUGUAUUGCUUUUGUUAUUUCAAAAAUGAUAAUAUCAAUUCUACUCUACAAGAAUUGGAAAAGGAAGCAUAUGUCAGUUCAAUACAGCUACUCAGGUGGGAAAAUGGUGAUUUUUCGGCCUUCAACCACUAAAUCACUAAAAGCCGAUGCACUUUUGAAGAAGACACUCAAAUUAAGUAACAAGGAUAUAAUUGGGUCCGGAGGGCAUGGAACUGUGUAUAAACUAUGCCUAAAUGAUGGAACAUCAUAUGCAGUGAAGAGAUUGAACAGGGGAAGUCAAGAUCGAGAUCGCGGUUUCGAGAGAGAAUUAGAAGCCAUGGGAGAUAUCAAGCACAAAAACAUACUUACCCUCCAUGGGUACUACACUUCCCCUCACUAUAAUCUUCUUAUAUAUGAGCUUAUGCCUAAUGGAAGUCUAGAUGCUUAUCUUUAUGGGAGAAUGAAGAAUAAGAAGCAUCUAGAUUGGUGUUCAAGAUACAAAAUAGCAUUAGGAACAGCAAGAGGAAUAGCCUACCUUCACCAUGACUGCAUACCACAUAUCAUACACAGAGAUAUCAAAUCAAGUAACAUCUUACUUGAUCAUAAUAUUGAGGCUCGGCUAUCUGACUUUGGGUUAGCUACUUUCAUGGAACCUGAUAAUACUCAUGUUUCCACUGUUGUUGCUGGCACUUUUGGUUACUUAGCUCCAGAAUACUUUGAUACAGGGAAAGCUACUGCAAAAGGGGAUGUUUAUAGCUUCGGUGUUGUGUUAUUAGAGCUUUUGACCGGAAAAAAGCCCAUUGAUGAAGCAUUUGAGGGAACAAAACUCGUUACUUGGGUAAAGGCAGUUGUCCAAGAAAAAAGAGAAGAGCAUGUUUUGGACAGUAGGUUGGAGGGCAGCCCCAUUAAUGAAGUUAAUUCAGUGUUUAACAUCGCAUUAAUGUGCUUAGAAACACAGCUAUUAAAGAGACCAACCAUGGCUGAAGUUGUAAAAUUGUUGGAGACUGCAAAAUCAAACAAAACAUUUUUAAAUGUUUCAUUAGAUAAUGUUGUCUAAAAUAUAGUUUAUGUCCGUUUCAAAUUACUGUAACUGUAACUGAUUGUGACAUUUUGUGUAGGAAAAAUAUUAAUAUAAUAAAACGGAAGAAGUAGUAAAAUAUUCUAUAAA